AUGAGCUCAUCAUCGAAACCCAGCCUCACCAUUACCCACAUCACGACGGCCACGGCUAUCCUGAACAUCGAUGGAAUCAACUUCCUCACCGAUCCCUACUUCGGCGAGGCCGGCUGCUUCCCUGCCGAGCUUGACUGGUCCAAGGGACGACUCAUGGAAGACUUCGGCCUGGAGGAAGCCCCAACGCUGGUGGAGAUCUCAAACACCAAGACCCCAGCCAUGAAGCUUCACAACCUGCCUCCCAUCGACGCCGUUCUUCUCAGUCACGAAGACCAUUUGGACAACCUCGACCCCGAAGGCCGCAAGCUCCUUGACGGCCGUCGAGUCUUCACCACCAUGGAUGGCGCGAAGAACCUGCAGCCACGCCCCGCAGUCGUUGGAUUGAAGCCUUGGCAAACAGUGACAUCUGUCAUCGGAGGCAAGGAGUUCCGUAUCACAGGAACUCCCUGCAAGCACUUCCCGAUCGGCGAGGUUACUGGAUUCCUACUCGAAUGUGACUCCUUCGGCAUUCACGAAGAAAGCGGAAAGCCCAACGCGAUCUACUUCUCGGGCGAUACUGUGUACAUUGAUGAACUGAAGGAAAUCAAGGACCGUGUGCAUGUUACAGCUGCUAUUCUGAACCUGGGCAAUGCUACCUUUGAUUUCCCCAUUGGUCCAAUUCAAAUCACCAUGGAUGGAAAGCAGGCCGUACAACUGGUGCAGGACAUUGGCGCGGACAUCAUGGUCCCCAUGCACUUUGAGGAUUGGGGACAUUUCCGGGAGCAUGGCGCGGAUUUGGUCAAGAUUUUUGAAGAGGCCGGAAUUAUGCAUAAGGUCUGCUGGACAGCACCGGGAGUCACCAAGACUGUUUACUAG